UGAGAUUCCUCGGCGGGCUAGGCAGCGGUGCUGGGCAUGCUCAGUGGGCAGGACCCGUUAGAGUGGCGAGUAAGGAAGCGUUGGCUCUUCUCCGGGUCUGCCUUCCCCGGUUCAGGCCCCGGCCCUGGGCUUUUGUGUGCGCGUAACUGCAGCCGCCGCUGCCUCCUCGCGGGGCUGCCCGACCCCAGAUGCCGUCAGGCGGCACAGGCACCAAGAUGUCCAACCGAGUGGUCUGCCGGGAAGCCAGUCACGCCGGGAGCUGGUACACAGCCUCAGGACCGCAGCUGAAUGCACAGCUAGAAGGUUGGCUUUCACAAGUACAGUCUACAAAAAGACCUGCUAGAGCCAUUAUUGCCCCCCAUGCAGGAUAUACGUACUGUGGGUCUUGUGCCGCCCAUGCUUAUAAACAAGUGGAUCCGUCUAUUACCCGGAGAAUUUUCAUCCUUGGGCCUUCUCAUCAUGUGCCCCUCUCUCGAUGUGCACUUUCCAGUGUGGAUAUAUAUAGGACACCUCUGUAUGACCUUCGUAUUGACCAAAAGAUUUACGGAGAACUAUGGAAGACAGGAAUGUUUGAACGCAUGUCUCUGCAGACAGAUGAAGAUGAACACAGUAUUGAAAUGCAUUUGCCUUAUACAGCUAAAGCCAUGGAAAGCCAUAAGGAUGAGUUUACCAUUAUUCCUGUACUGGUUGGAGCUCUGAGUGAGUCAAAAGAACAGGAAUUCGGAAAACUCUUCAGUAAAUAUCUAGCGGAUCCUAGUAAUCUCUUUGUGGUUUCUUCUGAUUUCUGCCAUUGGGGUCAAAGGUUCCGUUACAGUUACUAUGAUGAAUCCCAGGGGGAGAUUUAUAGAUCCAUUGAACAUCUAGAUAAAAUGGGUAUGAGUAUUAUAGAACAAUUAGACCCUGUAUCUUUUAGCAAUUACUUGAAGAAAUACCAUAAUACUAUAUGUGGAAGACAUCCCAUUGGGGUGUUAUUAAAUGCUAUCACAGAGCUCCAGAAGAAUGGAAUGAAUAUGAGUUUUUCGUUUUUGAAUUAUGCCCAGUCAAGCCAGUGUAGAAACUGGCAAGACAGUUCAGUGAGUUAUGCAGCUGGAGCACUCACGGUCCACUGAAGCUCUGAAUCCUCAGGGAUGCCACCUGCACAUUCUCAUACUCUGUCCGGGGUCCCAGCCUAGCCUUUACCAAGAUACUGGUCCUGGUUUGGGGGGAUUCUGAAACCUCAAACUAAUAGAACUUUCUUCUCUUUUUUUUCUAGUAGGUGUAGUCCUUCCUUAAUUUCAACUCAUUAAAAAAUGCUUUAUAGUUUAGGGCAGUGGAAGGAAGGCUGGCAUCAAAAUAUUUUGAUCAAAAAAGAUGACAAUGUAAAGGCUCAGUUGUGGCAGACAGUUUUUUGAAAGUAACUUGUAAAGCAUUUACCAUAUCCUAAAUUUGCACUCUUUGCAGACUUGUGCACAUAUAUUCCGCUUUCAGAAUAGUUUUGCAAAUUGUACACAAACAAAAAGGUGGAAGCUUUUUAAUAAAGAAAUUGCAUUUAUAAAUGAUCUGUAUUAGAAUAUAAUAAAUCUCCAGUUAUAGUCAAUUACUACCCAUGUUGUACAACAGAUACCUUCUAUUUUAGUUGCUAAUAAAGGGCUACACAACUCAAAA